ACAAGUAGUAAGGAACAAUAGGAAAGUCUUUUUCUAGAUGUCUGAUUUCAUUGCCUCGCCCUACCCCCUCCCACCUUGAAUGAAGGUCGGAUCCUUGUCAUGCUACAGAGGAAGAACUCAAGACUGAGAGGCUAAGAGCUUUGACUAUGGUAUACAGCUAGUGUUGAUUCUGACUUUUGAAGAUGGAUGAAGGUCUAGAAAUUUCAAGUGAGGGAAAUUCCCUGAUCAAAGCAGUUCAUCAGAGCCGGCUUCGCCUCACAAGACUCUUGUUAGAAGGUGGUGCCUACAUUAACGAGAGCAAUGACCGUGGGGAAACACCUUUAAUGAUCGCUUGUAAGACUAAACAUGUUGAUCACCAGAGUGUCAGUAAAGCCAAAAUGGUUAAAUACCUGUUAGAAAACAAUGCUGACCCCAACAUACAGGACAAAUCUGGGAAAACUGCUUUGAUGCACGCUUGCCUAGAAAAAGCUGGUCCUGAAGUUGUUUCCUUGCUCCUAAACAGUGGGGCUGAUCUCAGCUUGCAAGACCAUUCUAGUUCUUCGGCCCUUGUUUAUGCUAUAAAUUCAGAGGAUAGUGAAACCCUGAAAGUUCUGCUUAGUGCUUGCAAGGCAAAAGGAAAAGAGGUCAUUAUCAUAACGACAGCGAAAUCACCAUGUGGUCGGCACACUACCAAACAGUACUUAAAUAUGCCUCCUGUAGAUACAGAUGGGUGUCACUCCUCAGCUUCCUGUGCCACUCCUUCAGAAAUAGACAUAAAAACAGCUUCAUUGCCAUUUUCACAUUCUUCUGAAACUGAAAAGACACUUUUUGGCCUUAAAGGUUUGGAGCCCUCAGGAAAGAGUGAUGAUACACAGGACCCAGGCUCCCCUAUGAGGAAGCCUGCUAUGGCCUCUAAUGGGGCCAAACUACCCCAGGCUCCAACCUGGAUCAAGAGUCCCCCCUUACUAAUGCACCAAAACAGAGUGGCCUCUUUGCAAGAGGAGCUCCAGGAUAUUACUCCAGAGGAAGAAUUAUCCUACAAAACCAAUGGGCUGGUGCUCUCCAAGCGAUUUAUCACUAGGCACCAAAGUAUUGAUAUUAAAGACACUGCAUAUUUGCUGAGAGCCUUUGAUCAGGCCAGCUCAAGAAAGAUGUCAUACGAUGAAAUAAAUCAUCAGUUACUUUUUUCAGAAGGAAAUCAGCAAUGCCUUGAAAUCCCUGCUGACCCAGAUCCAGACUCGAACCAGACAAUGUUUGUUUCCACCUUAAGAAGUAUAGUUCAGAAAAGAAAUUCAGGGGCAAAUCACUACAGCUCUGAUUCCCAGCUCACGGCUGGCCUUACCCCUACGACUUUAGAAGAUGGCAAAGCGCUUCUAGGAAAGAAGAAGAUCCUCUCGCCAUCUCCUUCCUUGUUGUCAGGGCCCAAAGAAUUGCUGGAGAGUAUCUCACCAGGUCCCUUGAGCAGGAGAAAUCACGCACUGUUAGAAAGGCGUGGGUCAGGAGCUUUCCCUUUAGAUCACAAUUCUACGCCACCCAGGCCAGGAUUUCUACCACCCUUACAUGUGAACCCUCACCCCCCCAUCUCCGAUACCAGUGUCAAUAACAAGAUUUCCAGCCUCCUUUCUUGUGGUCAGAAAGUGCUUAUGCCAACAGUUCCUAUGUUCCCUAAAGAAUUCAAAAGUAAAAAAAUGUUGUUAAGGAGACAAUCAUUGCAAACAGAACAAAUUAAGCAAUUAGUAAAUUUUUAGUAAAAUUAGUAAAGCUGGCUAGAAAGCACAUUUUGUUCAAAUGUCUAAAUCAGAGAAAUACAGGACCAGAAAGGAAAUCUCAAAUGUUUGUUCCUUUAAAUCUUGUAAUUGGUUAACCUAUAGUUGUUAGAGGUAUCAAAAUAUAUUGUGUAUCGUACUAGGCACUAUGCACACACAAAUAAUGUGUAGUUUCUACUAAGGAAAUUCUCUCAAAAUUAAAGCUAUAUUUCUCAAAACCUCUAAAAUUUAACAACCUUCAUGUGGUCCAAGUUUUUAAUUUAAACAAAAAUCAGCAAAAAAACCCAGAAGGUCACAUAUGUUGGAAAUGACUUUAAACUUUUUUUCAGGUUUUCCAGAUAUUUUAUUAGGAAACACUGCAUUCAAGUCAAUAAAUGUUUUUAACAUAACAAUAAAUAAGAUUAUAAUUUUCCAUGAUGCCAAAAGCAUUAAAAAAAAAACACAAAACAGUUCUAUGAUUAUUAAGACUAAGGUAUAAGCAAAGGAUGAACUAAUUCUUAAAAAUGUUGACUGCAGGUAGGUGAAGUCUAAUUAAAAUUUGAAAACGCCAACCAUUAUAGUACACCAGGCAGCUAAUAUUCAUGUUGUCAGCUUAAUCAACAUCAAAUAACAGAUCAGAGUUUUACAAGCUAGUAAUAAUCUAUGCUAAGUGUUGGUGUGCUGGGUUUUGCUUGGUUUUAUUUUAAUGUUAUCUCAUAGAAUUCUUUCUCCAUACCUUUUAAUUUCUGUUAUUUUUUGAAGCCUAUCCAUAGGUUCCCAAUAACAAGAUAAAGCAGAAAUUUAAAAGCAUUCCUCUUUACUUAUAUCAGAUUAUGCUUGCCUUCUACAGACAACCAAAACAAAACAAAAACCGUGGCGAUUUAUCACAAAUAGAAACUAUGUGCUUGCUACGUUUUAGAAAAGAAAAAUUGAUUAUUAGAUUCUCUUAGGUUAGCUAAAAUUAAGAAAGCCAAUAGAAAAUUACAAAAUACACUAAAUAUUCGGUCAAGAUUAAAGAGUAUCUUUUAAUUUCUAACAUAUAAUUAUUAGACAUUUACAUAAUAAGGAUAAUUUUCUUAGGGUGAUAUUUCAAUCAUCUAGUAUUUAGGACCUGUGAAUAACUUCUAACGAAAUAAAUGAAGACCACACUACCAUCAUGAAAUAUUACAAAAUGACUAUAUUAUCUAUAUGAUUUCAAAACGUGGUGUUUAUAUAAAGAAUCCUUAUUUCAAUUAAGCAGUUUUACAACAAAGAAUAAAGUCAAAUCAUACAAAACCUGAGUGUAUUUAUUUGAUGACUGUCAUAUACAGCUUUAUUUCUUUGCCUUUAUUAGUAGAGGAGAUCCUAACAAUUGGCAUGAUGCUUUUCUUGGUAAUUUGAUAUAAACAAGUUAUAAUGUACAUGGUAAUUAUUUAAUUUCCUGUGGCCUUUAUUUGAAAAAAAUAUAUUGGAGGUUUUCCAUUUAAUGUUGAAGAACAUUAAUGUAAAUUACAUUAGAAAUAUUUUCUUGAUUCAGAAAUUAGAAUUGUACCUGAUGUAGCUAAACCUUUUGCACAAGUUUUAGUAGGGAGAAAAAUGCUUGGCUCUAAGUUGUAAGGAUACAGUUUGGAAAGCUAUGUAAAUAGAUUAGUUCGUAAACAAAAUGCUAUCAAUAAAAGUUUUAAAUGUUAUUUUGAUUUUCAUUGAUUUUCAUUUAUUUCAAAUACUAAUGAUAAAUAUUUCAAUAUAAUUUCAAGAGAAAUUAUGCUACAUAUCACUUUGAGUAAACAGAAAACUGAGAGAAUAACUUCUGUUGCUAUUCUCAUCCCAAUGUGUAAAAAAUAUUUAAUAGGAUUAACACUUUGUUGGCCAUAUUUGGAAGAGCUUUUAGUCUUCUAUCAAUCCUAAAAACAUUUUAGGGGCUAAGGUUGCUUGAGUUAGGCUCUAAAGCCAUCCCAUGGGACUUGUCACUCCAUUAAGUGGAAUAUAUCACUGGAAUCCCAGUGAUAAGUCACAGAUGUUUGCAAUAGGAAUCAGAUAUGUAUGUGUUAUGUUUUAACCUAAUGUAAAAGUAUGAUUAAAGGUAUGAAGACACUUCAUUCAUUAGUUUUACAGGUACCUUUCUUAGUUACUUUUGGCUAGGAUUUCCAAAGAGUACAGCUAAUACUGAUUCAUAGCAAGAAUAAUUCUGGGGAGGAAGAGACAAGUGCUGACAGUGCCCAGGGAAAGUGAUGAACACCAGCCUGGCAUAGUCUUUGGUAGAGAUGCAUCCAUCAGUUAUUCAGUAACUGGACCUUUUAAAAUCUCAAAGGAUAAAACUACACUUAUUCUGAUUAAAUACUAUGUAGCCUCCUACUACCUUGAUUCCCAUAUAGCUUGCCUAAAGGCAGGAAUGAACUUGUCAGGGUGAUGACAACUAUAUUAAUCAUGUUUCUUUCUUUUUUUAAAAGAUUUUAUUUAUUUAUUCAUAGAGGCACAGAGAGAGAGAGAGAGGCAGAGACACAGGCAGAGGGAGAAGCAGGCUUCAUGCAAUAAGCCUGAUGUGGGACUCGAUCCCGGGUCUCCAGGAUCACACCCCGGGCUGCAGGCGGCGCUAAACCGCUGCACCACCGGGGCUGCCCUAAUCAUGUUUCUUUAUUUUCUAAUGCUUUAAUAUCCUGGGGUCUUGCUGAUCCUUGAGGGACUGUCCCUCCCAGGAUUAGCUAAUUCGUAGGGGUAGAAAACAACUUGCCCCAGAAUACAUCUUUCAUAUACAAACAAACCAACCCAGAGUCCGUAGUCCAACCAUCUCCUUCAUCGGGCUCUCACAGGGCUCUCUAGCUCCGGGCCACUGACCCCCUGUCCUCAUCACCCUAGGGGUCAGGUACCAAACAACCAGUGACAGCUGCCACACCCCAGAAACCACUGAAAUUAUUCAAACUAGCCAAUUCUAAACUGACUUACCCUUCCUCACCCAUUCCUUCCUGCAGAAACCAUAAUAAAGGAUCUUCCCCAAGUUUUCCCCUCACUCCCUCGUCCUUCAGCCUGACCCCUGGUGCUUCCCCACACUGGCCCCCUGUGAAGAAGGACACCUGCCUCCUCUUGCAACCCUGAGUACAAAAUGUGUUUUAAAUGGCCUCAGCAUAUGUGGAUAAUAAUAAAACCUAUAUUUUUUUAAACAAGAAGGCACAGUCUUCUUGGAAGUCAUAAUUCUUAGUAAAAUAAUAUUUAAGUUUAUAUAGCCUUGUGUAAUGCCAAUAUUCCUUAGAUCUAAAUCACAUUUUUAAGUCAUUUCUAAGCCACCAAGACAGGAGAGCCAGAUCAUGGUAAAUCCACAGAUUUACUGGAGCUGCCCAUUGGCUCUUCCAAGGUGACAUCCUACCUUCUUGUGUACCUUCCUUGAAUGUCUAUAAUUCUUUUCCUUUAAAUUAUUUAUUUAUUUAAGUAAUUUCUACACCCAAUGUCAUAUAUGCCAAACACUUAAAACAUCUGGAGACACAGGUUUUUAUUUUUUUUAUUUUUUUUUUUUUGACACAGGUUUUUUAAACCUUUUGAUCUCAGGACAUUUACACUCUCAAAACUUGAGGAUCCUAAAGGCUUAAAAAAAAAAAUCUAGGUAAUGUUUGCUACAUUAAAAAUUAAACCUAGAGGGCAGCCCGGGUGGCUCAGUGGUUUAACGCCACCUUCAGCCCAGGGCCUGAUCCUGGAGACCCAGGAUCAAGUCCCACGUCGGGGUCCCUGCAGGGAGCCUGCUUCUCCCUCUGUGUCUCUGCCUCUCUCUCUCUCUCUGUCUCUCAUGAAUAAAUAAAUAAAUAAAAUCUUUAAAAAAAUUAAACCUAGAAAGGGGUGCCUGGGUGGCUCAGCGGUUGAGCAUUUGCCUUUGGCUCAGGUGGUGAUCCUGGGGUCCUGGGAUCGAGUGCCGCAUCAGGCUCCCAGUAGGGAGCCUGCUUCUCUCUCUGCCUAUGCCUCUGACUCUCUCUCUCAUGAAUAAAUAAAUACAAUCUUAAAAAAAAAAAAAAGCAUCCAAUUAUUUGUUUCAGCUCAGGUCAUGAUCUCAGGGUUGUGAAAUCAAGUCCUGUAUCAGGACUUGCUGUGUGGAGAGUCUCCUUGAGAUUCUCUCCUCUCCACCCUCUGCUCCCCUGACUUGAGCUCUCUUUCACAAAUAUAAAUACAUCUUUAAGGAUGCCUGGGUGGCUCACCCGUUGAGCAUCUGCCUUUGGUUCAGGUCAUGGUCCCAGGGUCCCAGGAUUGAGUCGGCAUCAGGCUCCCCAGAGGAAGCCUGUUUCUCUCCCUGCCUAUGUCUCUGUCUCUCUCUGCGUCUCUCAUGAAUAAAUUAAUACAAUCUUAAAAAAAAAGAUUUUGGGAUGCCUGGGUGGCUCAGCGGUUAAGCGUCUGCCUUCAGCCCAGGGCGUGAUCCUGGAGACCAGGGAUUGAGUCCCACAUCAGGCUCCCUGCACGGAGCCUGCUUCUCCCUCUGCCUGUGUCUCUGCCUCUAUCUCUCUGUGUCUCUCAUGAAUAAAUAAAAAUAUAUAUAAAAAAGAUCUUAUUAUUUAUUCAUGAGAGACGCAGAGAGAGGCAGAGACGGGAGAAGCAGGCUCCCUGCAGGGAGCCCAAUAUGGGAGUUGAUCCCAGGACCCCAGGAUCACACCCUGAGCUGAUGACAGACACUCAACAACUGAGCCACCUAGGAGUCCCUAAAUAAAGUCUUUAAAAAAAACCUCACAUCUUAAAAAAAAAAA